ACCGUAAGGGAGAGACUCACCCAAGUGACUGUCGCUGAGUCAGUGUCAUUCCUCCCAAGAUGAAGCUGCUGCUGCUGUGUCUGGGGCUGACUCUGGUCUGUGCCCAUCAUGGAGGGGACCAUGAUGUCGUGAUGAGCAACUUUACUAUGUCAAAGAUUUCAGGGGAGUGGUAUACCAUUCUCUUGGCCUCAAAUAUCAAAGAAAGGAUAGAAGAAAAUAGUGUAAUGAGGGGUUUUGUGGAAUACAUCCAAGCCUGGGACAACUCUUCUAUGACAAUCAAAUUGGAUGUAAAGCUCAAUGGAGAGUGUAUUGAAACUUCUUUGUUUUGUGACUCAACAGCAGAGAACGGUGUAUGUAAUGUUAUCUAUGCUGGAUUCGCUACAAUGAGCCUAAUUGAAACAGACUAUUAUAACUAUGCUAUUUUUCAUCUUAUUAAUUUCACCAGUGAGGGAACAUUCGAAAUGAUGAUGCUCUAUGGCCGGAAACCAGAUGUGAGUCCAGAACUCAAGGAAAGGUUUGAGGAGCUUUGCCAAAAACAUGGCAUUGCUAAGGAAAACAUACUGGACCUGACCAACGUCGAUCGCUGUCUCCAGGCCCGGGGGAGCCACGGGGCCGAGGCAUCCAGUGCCAACUGAACACUUCAUUCCAUGGUCCCCAUGUCACCUGGUGACAAGUUCUGUGACCUGAUUUCCAGCACUGUCAUCCGUGAAGGCAUUAUCUCUGAAACUUCAGGAUCUUCUCUACAUGUCUAGAAAGGACUCAUCAACUUACUAAUAAUCAAAAGCUUAUUUCCGACUCUCUAUGCCAUACCCAGGAGAACUCUACCAUGAAUAACCCUUCUUGUACCUGGUCAAUAAACGAUACACCUU